AAAAAUCAUCGGAAAAAUUAAGGAAGAAAGUUAUUUCACUACCUGGUAACACUGUAGCACGCAGAAGACGAAAGCAUAACAUAAUAAUUUUUGGUUGUUAUCUAUUAAAAAUCGCUGACCAUGGCCUACGACCUAAAGAAGGAGUCGGACGUGAAGGAGUACGUGGACAAGUUGGGCGUGGAGUACCGAUUCGGGUGUUACUCCGAGAAAAAGCCGGAAGCCUGCCACCUGCUGGGUGACUACCUGGAGGGCAUCAAGAAGGACUUCGAAAAGGCCUCCAAGGUGUACAAAUCGACGUGCGACGACUACGGUUACGCAAAGUCCUGCUACAAAUACGGCAACUACAGCUUCCUAGGCAAGGGCAAGAGCGGCAGCAAGGGGGAUCCCCGAGUGGCCUACGAGUACUACGAGAAGGGCUGCAACCUGAACGACUCGGAUGCCUGCCUUCACUCCGGCCUGCUUCUCGUCUCGAGGUCCAUGCCCAAGGAGAUCGACAGAAAUGUGCCCAAGGGCUUGGAAUUCCUGACCAAGAGCUGCGACAUGAACAACGCUACCGCCUGCUUUUACCUAUCCGGCAUGCACAUCUCGGGCGUGCAAAAGAAGCCUGACCAGAGCGCGGUGGCUGCAUCCGCCGGAAGUGGGCCAACAGCACCACCCGCCGGAAAGACGCCCUUGAAGGACUCGGACUACAUUGUGCUAAAAGACAUGAAGAAGGCGUUCCAGUUCGCCCAUAAGGCGUGCGAGCUUCGCAACAUGUAUGCGUGCGCCAAUCUCAGCCAGAUGUACGCCCGGGGCGAUGGAAUUGAGAAAAACGAGAAGGAGGCCGAGAAGUACAAAAAGCUAGCCUUGGAGAUGCAAGAUGAGGUCAAGAAGCAGCAGGAGACGCUAGGGUUCCAGCAGGGCGUGGGCAUGCCCAAUUGAUUCAGAUUCAGUUUGAUUCCUGCUACUAACUAUUGCUGUUAUUUCGCCAUCGCUUAGUCCACUGUUUUUUUUGUCUUCAUGCGUAUCAUUAUCAGGUUUCCCUUUUCAGUCGGUCUAACAUUAGUGGCUAAACUAACUAACUUGUGUUUGUAAUUUCUGUGUACAUAGCGGGCAUUUACAUGCGACGGAGCGAGAGAGAGAAGGCGUAACGAAGAGAAAUUCAUAGUUUUAAUUGUUAAAGUUAUCAAGUAACAAAUGAGAAACCCUUAAACCAUUCUGUUGAUACCUUAUAUACAAAAUAUAAACCAGUCCUACCAAAGGACGUUGUCGUAAAACUCCAUUA